AUGGACUCUGUUUCAAGAUUUGCUUUCGUUAUUGGCUUAGUAGUGGCAACAGAACGGCGGGAAUGUGGUGACAGAUUACAUUCUAAAGGUGAAUAUCUGGAGGGCAAAGGAAACGAGUUACAACUGAUUGUGAAUUCAAUCAAGCACUAUGUUCACAUUUUCAAUGGAACUGCUGUCAUCUCCCUCCUCCAGCCAGCACCAGAGACUUAUAAUCUUUUCGAUGACAUUAUUCUCAUCUCUGAUGGCCAGAUUGUAUACCAGGGUUUCCGUGAACAAGUGCUUGAAUUUUUUGAAUCAAUGGGCUUUAAAUGUCCUGAGAGGAAAGGGGUGGCAGACUUCCUGCAAGAAGAAAGAUCAGGAGCAGUACUGGGCACAAAAAGACGAGCCCUACAAUUUUUAACAGUCAAGAAAUUUGCUGAGGCAUUCCAAUCUUUCCAUGUGGGACGGAAACUCAGAGAUGAACUUGCAACUCAGUUUGACAAGGCUAAAAGCCAUCCAGCUGCUUUGACAACAAGAAAGUAUGGUGUCAAAAAGGCAGAGCUGGUGAAAGCUUGCUUGUCAAGAGAAUUCUUGCUCAUGAAUAGGAGUUCGUUUGUCUACAUUUUCAAGUUCAUUCAACUUACAACAAUGGCAAUGAUUGUUAUGACAACUUUCCUACGGACUGAUAUGCACCGAAAUUCAGUAACUGAUAUUCAUGACCGUUGCAAACCUUCCUGUUUUCUUGAAGCAAAGGAAGCUCAAUAAAUUAAGAUGCAAUCUUUGUAACAUCAAAUGCGGAAAGGGUCUUCACUGCCUAAUUAAGAUCUCAAAAGUGGGUUUGGAUUUUGGGUUUGGUAUUGUUAACUUCUUUGCUUAAUAUGUUUUUGCUUAAUGGAAUUCAAUAGUUUGACAAGUGAAAGUUUCUUCAUAUGCCAC